AACCACGUGACCCACACUGCCCACUGAGCCCGGGGGUCUUCGGCCAGGAGGGUGUUUGCGCAGGUGAGCUGAACGAGCUGUUGAAGGCUGUUUCAGGCCCCAGAGCCUCCGGAGGAACGGCCUCCUCCCGGCAGGCGGGGCCGGCCGACUAUCAGCGAGUUCCUGCUUGGGAGAAUCGAGCAGAGACACCCGGCAUAGGCCUUCAGAACUAUUCAUGCUGCCCUGGGCUCGGCUUUCACCAUGAAUAUACGGAAGCCCCUCUGUUCCAACUCCGUGGUUGGGGCCUGCACCCUCGUCUCCUUGACUACGGCUGUCAUCCUGGGUCACCUCAUGCUCCGGGAGCUAAUGCUACUUCCCCAGGAUCUUCAUGAGUCCUCCUCGGGACUGUGGAAGACUUACCGACCUCACCAUCAGAAAAGUUACGAGCCAGCGCCCCUGCACAUCCAGGAGCACGCCGAACAGCUAAGAGCAGUACCCACACAGUGUGAUGUACCCCCCAACAGCCGCUUUGACUGUGCCCCCGACAAAGGCAUCACCCAGGAGCAGUGCGAAGCCCGCGGCUGCUGCUGGGUCCCAGCAGGGCAGGUGCUGAAUGGGCCAGUGAUGGGGCAGCCCUGGUGUUUCUUCCCUCCCAGCUACCCAAGCUACCGGCUAGAGAACCUGAGCUCUACAGAGUCAGGGUACACAGCCACCCUGACCCGGACCAGUCCGACCUUCUUCCCAAAGGAUGUGCUGACCUUACAGCUGGAGGUGCUGAUGGAGACUGACAGCCGCCUCCACUUUAUGAUCAAAGAUCCCUCUAGUAAGCGCUACGAAGUGCCCCUGGAGACCCCGCGUGUCCUGAGCCAGGCGCCAUCCCCACUUUACAGUGUGGAGUUCUCAGAGGAGCCCUUUGGAGUGAUCGUUCGCAGGAAGCUUGGUGGCCGAGUGCUGCUGAACACAACCGUGGCCCCCCUGUUCUUCGCUGACCAGUUCCUGCAGCUGUCCACCUCACUGCCCUCCCAGCACAUCACAGGCCUGGGUGAGCACCUCAGUCCACUCAUGCUCAGCACCGAAUGGACUCGCAUCACCCUCUGGAACCGGGACGUGGCACCCUCGCAAGGUGUCAACCUCUACGGGUCACACCCUUUCUACCUGGCACUGGAGGACGGUGGCUUGGCUCACGGUGUCUUCUUGCUAAACAGCAAUGCCAUGGAUGUGGUCCUGCAGCCCAGCCCGGCCCUAACUUGGAGGUCAACAGGCGGAAUCCUGGAUGUUUAUGUGUUCCUAGGCCCAGAGCCCAAGAGUGUUGUCCAACAAUACCUGGAUGUCGUGGGAUACCCCUUCAUGCCUCCGUACUGGGGCCUGGGCUUCCACCUCUGCCGCUGGGGCUACUCCUCCACCACCAUCGUCCGAGAGGUGGUGGAGAACAUGACCAGGACGCACUUCCCCCUGGACGUGCAGUGGAAUGACCUGGACUACAUGGACGCCCGGAGAGACUUCACUUUCAACCAGGACGGCUUUGCAGACUUCCCAGACAUGGUGCGCGAGCUCCACCAGGGUGGCCGGCGGUACAUGAUGAUUGUGGACCCUGCCAUCAGCAGUUCAGGCCCUGCUGGGAGUUACAGGCCCUAUGAUGAGGGUCUUCGGAGGGGCGUGUUCAUCACCAAUGAGACCGGGCAGCCACUGAUUGGGAAGGUUUGGCCUGGAUCCACCGCCUUCCCUGAUUUCACCAACCCUGAGACCCUCGACUGGUGGCAGGACAUGGUGUCUGAGUUCCACUCCCAGGUGCCCUUCGAUGGCAUGUGGAUCGACAUGAACGAACCAUCCAACUUUGUCAGAGGCUCUCAGCAGGGCUGCCCUGACAAUGAACUAGAGAACCCCCCCUAUGUGCCCGGGGUGGUUGGCGGGGCCUUGCAGGCAGCCACCAUCUGUGCCUCCAGCCGCCAGUUCCUCUCUACACACUACAACCUCCACAACCUAUACGGCCUCACUGAAGCGAUUGCCUCCAGCAGGGCCCUAGUCAAGACUCGGGGAACACGACCCUUUGUUAUCUCCCGCUCAACCUUUGCGGGCCACGGCCGGUAUGCCGGUCACUGGACAGGGGACGUGCGGAGCUCUUGGGAGCAUCUUGCGUACUCUGUGCCAGAAAUCCUGCAGUUUAACCUGCUGGGCGUGCCCCUGGUCGGGGCAGACAUCUGCGGCUUCCAGGGAAACACGACAGAAGAGCUGUGUGUGCGCUGGACCCAGUUGGGGGCCUUCUACCCCUUCAUGCGGAACCACAAUGACCUGAAUAGCUUGCCUCAGGAGCCGUACAGGUUCAGCGAGACGGCACAGCAGGCCAUGAGGAAGGCCUUCACCUUGCGCUAUGCCCUUCUACCCUACCUGUAUACACUCUUCCACGGCGCCCACGUCAAAGGGGACACGGUGGCCCGGCCCCUCUUCCUGGAGUUCCCUGAGGAUCCCAGCACCUGGUCUGUGGACCGCCAGCUCUUGUGGGGGCCGGCCCUGCUCGUCACACCUGUGCUUGAGCCUGGGAAAACUGACGUGACAGGCUACUUCCCCAAGGGCAUGUGGUACAACCUGCAGAUGGUGCCUGUGGAGACCCUUGGUAGCCUCCCUUCUUCGUCACCAGCCUCGUCUUUCAGAUCUAUUGUCCACAGCAAGGGGCAGUGGCUGACACUGGAAGCUCCCCUGGAUACCAUCAAUGUGCACCUGAGGGCAGGGUACAUCAUACCACUGCAGGGUCCCAGCCUCACAACCACAGAGUCCCGAAAGCAGCCCAUGGCCCUGGCUGUGGCGUUAACUGAAAGCGGCGAGGCCUCUGGGGAGCUGUUUUGGGACGACGGGGAGAGCCUCGGGGUUCUGGAGCGUGGGGCCUACACACUGGUCACCUUCUCAGCCAAGAAUAAUACCAUUGUAAACAAGUUAGUGCACGUGACCAAGGAGGGAGGUGAACUGCAACUGAGGGAGGUGACCAUCUUGGGAGUGACCACAGCUCCCACCCAGGUCCUUUCCAAUGGCAUCCCUGUCUCCAAUUUCACCUACAGCCCGGAUGACAAGAGCCUGUCCAUCCCUGUCUCACUGCUGAUGGGAGAGCGGUUUCAAAUCGAUUGGUCCUAGGAGACUACGCCCGUUUACAGAGGCCUCCCUAGAGGCCAUGCGAGUUUGAGCUCGCUUUGGCUGGUGGCUCCUGUGAGGACCUGCGUCCCGCUCUCCCGACACACCUUUGAGCUUUCCCAUCAUGUUGCUGCAUGCGCCCCUGAAGUUCUGUGUGGUUAGGAGAGUGAGGCUUGCCUCGCCUGCCCUACCCCAGCUGUCUGUCCCUCGCCUCCCACUAGAGAAUGUGGAGCUCGGCAUGGGGACGUUGUGUCUGCACCAACAUCAGGCUGCACAGCCACUGAGACUUGAGAAACUUACUGUGAAGUGUACUUAAUUUUAAUAAAAAAUUGUUUGGAAGCA